AUGCCCCACUCCACGGCUUUCGAGCAGCCCACUGCCAUGGACAAGGGCCAUACUUUGCCAAACGGUCAGCCUCUCAAGCGCUCCUUCGAAGAGUUCCAGUCCUCAAAAAGUGCAUUGACUUCCAACAAUAAUGGCCGUCGAAAGAAAUCAACUGUGUCUCUCUGUCCACCGAUCUUGGUCGAUGUUGUUCCCCUUUGCGACCUUUACUCUGUCAUCAACAUCGUCAUCUUUCCAUCAUCCAAUUACAGCACCAUAAACGGAACAAGUAAUCAGAAUGGGCUUCACAGAGUCAAUGGCUCUAAUGGCAUCAAUGGUACCGAUCAUCGAGCUUCUAAUUCUGAGGCCUUUAGCCCUCUUGCAGCUGCUUUGACAGCCAUUAGUUUGGGGCCUGCCAACUGGAGCCCCAGUUCCCUCACUGUUUUUACUGCCAUCCUGCCCUUACAGGAUGGUUACAUCUACCGAUCUGACUUCCUUCAACUCCGUCUCCAAGACUGCCCUAUUCCGAUAGUCAAGAUUUACGAAAAUGUCAAGCCUCUCGAAAAAUACAAAGCUUGGACUUUGCCACUCACGACACUGAGGACGGAGGAGGCCCUUGCAAGUGCUAUCGAGCAGGGCUAUGUAGCAGGUGUCAUCCAGUGGGCUUCACUUGAAGCAACCCUAUCCGUCGUCGAUAUGUACGACCAUCUGAAGCGUUUGGUGACAGAGCUGCGUUGCCGUCUGCACAACGCUCCUUGGUUAACGUCCAAGCCAAUCCCCCGCAAGCGCGUCGCCCUUAUACGCGGCCGGCCGAACCUCACAGCUGGUGGCCCUAUCUAUCGGACAGCAAGAGCUCUUGGCUUAGAGCUUGUGAUUGUGGAUGAGCCGGGCCACUGGCUACAGCCUGAUACGGAAGAAAACAAAAUGUAUCGAGAAGCUUUCUUAGCAACAGACAUGACCGAAGACGAGGGAGUCGUUGACCGGAUUGUCAAGUCACUUCGGUCCUACCCUCUUCCAAUUCAUGGGGUAUUCACCCUGUCGGACAACUUCUUCGUCACUGUUGCUCGUGUUGCGGAACUGCUUGGGCUUCCGUGCAACCCGUCCUCGGCGUUUGAGAUCUCAGUCGACAAAUAUCGGUCACGUCUGCUUCAAGAGAUGCCUGGCCGAAUUCGCCGAGUCAAAACGAUGAAAGAUUGCAAGGAGUAUCUUGAAUCUCCAGAAAGGUGGCAAGGGACGUUAAUUGUGAAGCCAACCAAGGGCUGGAGCUCUGAGUGCGUUUCUAAAGUCACAAGGGUAGGCGACCUGUGGCCAGCUAUCAGCAAGGCCAUAGCGCGCCAUGGAACAGAUGCCGUUAUCGAGCCCUUCUACGAUGGUCCCGAGAUCGACGCUAACUUUAUUCUCCAAGACGGCGAAAUUCUCUUCAGCGAGAUUGCUGAUGAGCCGCCCUUCGAAGCCGAUUCUCCGGAAGCUAGUCCUGACUCUACAUUCUCUCCCGAAGCGCUGACCAUGCCCUCAGCUCUUCCAACCAUUGAGCAGGAGAUAGCGAAAUCCACACUUCGUGACCUCCUUCUCAAGGCAGGCUUCCACACUGGGGUUUUCCACGUUGAGGCCCGCAUCGUCUGCUCUUCAGCAGUGUAUAAAGAUGUCGACGGCAGUGGCGUCGUUGAUUUGAUCCCCAAACAUAAGGCAGGACCUGCCAGGUUGCAAGUCUCUGACUCAUGCUACAAAAUGACCCCAGCUGAUCGGCUUUCUGAUACAAAUGGGGAUAUCGAAAAUCCCGAAUGCAAACUGCUCGAGAUCAAUGCUCGCCCUCCCGGUUACCGUGUGACGGUUCCUGCCCGCCACACCUACGGCGUCGACUACUUUGCUGCCCACAUGCUGGCCUGCAUCGGCGAUACAGAUCGUUUGCGCCUGGCAGCCUGCCCGUUCGCCUUCCAAGACUACCCCGAACACAUGGCUCUUCCUGCCGCUCAGUACCAUUCUCGGAUUGUUUAUAUACCUGCCCCCGCUGCGGGUAUUGUUCGCUGGCCUGUUACAGGCGUCCCUCCGUGCGAAGAGCUGAAGCAGCGCAGGCCAGAUCUGGCGAACUACAUUGUGCUCGGUGUGGAUUACUGCGUUCCUGGCGACAAGAUUGAGUUGCAGACAGAUGGUGCAAGGACGUAUGUCGCUCAUUUGCUUGUUGUCAGUCGCGAGAGUAGGAGGAAGGCCAUUGAGAUUGGGAAUGAGGUUGCUAGGGAGUACAGAAUCAUCGUCGAGGGCGGUCAGCAGGCGAAGCAGCCUUAG